UGUGCAACAUGCAUUUGGGACCUUGGCACUAUAAAUAAACAAAUGUAUGUGUGAUCGACAUAAUAAUAAUAACAUAAGUAAAAUGGGUAAUCCUUUCGUGAGAAGCGGGUUGAGCUUCUCCCCCAUGUUUCCAACCCACAUUCUCCCGCCGCUUAAACCCUUGCACGAAACAGUCCUCACUAGAAUUCCGAUUGGAUUUCCGAAGCCCCGGCCGACGCUUCCGCCGCACUCCUCCUCGUCCUCCUCAAACUUUGAUAUCAUUUCCACAAGCGAGUCGGGAGAUGGUAGCUUUCUCUUCCGCUUUGGGGACAAGAGCGAGAAAUCUGUUGCCACUGAAACAGAGAUUGAUGCUGGUAGUCAUCUGGAGGAUCCUGUGCAAGAUUCAGAAUUGAGCCAAACAUUGUUGGGAAGCACAGGAAGUGGAGCUGGUGGCGGUGGUGGCGGUGCAGGUGCCGAGGAGAAUGUUAUUGAUGCCGUUUCAGUGACGAGCACCGACAAUUCGACUCACGGUGGUGUAGGUGAAGAAGCCACAACCACAGCAGAUGAAAAUCAGGUCAGCAAUGAAACUCAUGCUUAUCCAGCAAUUGGCGACGCCACGGAGGCCGAGAAUGCUGUUAAUGUGGUUGCAGUGACGAGCACUGGCAAUGCGACUGCUGGUGGUGGUGGUGAAGAAACCACAAUUAGAACUACAACCGCAACCACAGCAGAUCAAACUCAAGUCAGCAAUGAAAUCCAUUCUUUUGAAGCAAGUGGCUGUGACGGAGCCGCAAAGGCCGAGGAGAAUGCUGUUGAUGCGGUUUCAGUGACGAGCACGGAAGAUGCAACUGGCGGCAGUGGUGGUGAACAAACCACAACCGCAAGCACAACCACAGCAGAUGAGACUCAAGUCUCCUUCGUGUUAGCCGAGAAUGCCCCUUCCACAAAUUCAGAAGAUGAAUUCACAGAGGGCGAAGCACAUAGAAGUGACGUUUCAGAAGUAUCAACUUCUAAGAUAGUGGAAUUCCAUGCAGUUGAAGGCGCUUCUGAUGGGGAGGACGUUUCUGCAGCUGUUCUUCAACUAUCUUCUGGUGCUGCUUUAUUACCCCAUCCCUCAAAGGCAUUGACAGGUGGGGAGGAUGCUUACUUUGUUGCUGCCCAAAACUGGUUAGGUGUGGCUGAUGGAGUGGGUCAGUGGUCACUAGAAGGGGUUAAUCCUGGACUAUAUGCUCGUGAACUCAUGGAGAAUUGUGAAAGGUUCAUAUCCGAUUGUAAAGGUUUACCAUUGACUGAACCAGCAGAAGUCCUUAUUAGAGGCUCAUCAAAUACAAAAUCUCCUGGAUCAUCCACGGUUUUGGUCGCUUAUUUUGAUGGUCAGGCUCUCCAUGUGGCCAACAUUGGAAACUCGGGAUUCAUCAUAAUUAGAAAUGGUGCUGUCUUUAAAAAAUCGUCACCAAUGGUUCACGCGUUCAAUUUUCCAGUACGGAUUGAAAGAGGUGAUGAUCCCUCAGAACUUAUAGAGAAAUACCGAAUUGAUUUGGAUGAGGGCGAUGUGGUUGUCACUGCAACAGAUGGCCUCUUCAACAACUUAUAUGAGCAAGAGAUCACCUCAAUUGUGUUGAAGUCACUGCAAACCGGGUUGGAACUACAGGACAUAGCAGAGGUCUUGGCCACUAGUGCACAAGAGUUGGGGCGAUCUAAAUCUACAAGGAGCCCAUUUGCUGAUGCAGCCAAGGCAUCUGGGUAUGCCGGACAUAGUGGCGGCAAGCUUGAUGAUGUGGUCGUUAUCCUGUCACGUGUAGAAAAGAAACGCAUCGGUACUUUACGAUUCUUGAGUUUUCACAGAAACACAAGAAAAAAUGGGAGGAGCAGGGAGGGUUUGGAUCAGUACUGUGGUGGUGGUGGUGAUGGCGGUGCUAGGGUGUGGACUCGGGGACUCUGCGUCGCCGUCGCAGCACGCGGCGCCGGCCCCGUCGGUGGACUGCAUUAGCCUGAUCUCGACCAUGGCAGACUGCUUGCCGUUUGUGUCGAACGGGAGCACCGACACCAAGCCAGCAGAGACUUGCUGCAAUGGCCUCAAGACUGUGCUCGAAGCCGACGCUUCCUGUCUCUGUGUGGCC